GUCAAAUUAAAAAGGAGAGGAUAAAAAACUCUUUCUUUUUCAAUCCAUGCCUCUCAACCUCGAGAAAAUAGAAAAGACGAUCACGUCAAUGGAUCGCACCUACGAUGCCAAUUUUGGUGAAUGGAUCCGGAACGAGGAAAACUGCAAAAUAAUAGCUUACCAUCUAAAAAAGUACAUAAUGGAUUAUCCGGCCCACGAUUUUGUGGUUGUAUUGAAGUGGAUUGUAAAGGACUGGACGUUGCGUAGCAUAAUAAUACUCACCAAAAUGAUGAUUAUCACGGAUUUAGAGGAAUCCCUCGAAAGGAAGAUGGAUAUUUUGCAAGGACUCAUUUUUACGUGGAACCCUGUAUUUAUAGCUGAGUUUGUGGUGAGUGUUAGCAGAAUGCUCAGCAACACCACCAAGAAGACGUUUGUCCUCGGGUUAUUUGAAGAGUUUGAAAAGGAGCGGAUAAAACUAGUGGUGGAGCAGAUGGGAAAUAAAAUAGAGGACGGUAUUAAGGCCGUGCUCAUGAGGAGUAUGAGUGACAGUAAUAGAAAAAAGAGAAGUGUUAAAAGAAAGCGAUUGCUUGAGGCUUAUAACAUCUUAUAAUAGAGUAUGUUGAGUGCAAUGAACGCUGUGAUGAGAACGGUCUAUGUGCUAUAUCAACGUAUACAUCAGCCCUUUUACAUCUAUCACACAACACGGAUGUGUUGGUCAGUGCCGGUUUCUGUGCGUAUCACGAGGCAAAUGCGUUUCAGAACUGAAUCAAAGAAGUACACGUUUGCACAACCUGCGUUAAGUUGUUAAUAGAGCAAUGGUUGGUUGUUGACAGUACUUUAUAUACCACAUUUAUGAUAUGGUCCCUCUACGCUCCUAUUAUUUGAUAAAUUUGCCACACAAUUAAAUCCUUGGUGAUGAUUUUUGUUUGUUAUAUUGUGUUUUUGACGCCAAUAAUAAAUUAUUU